AUGACCCGUUCUUGGAUCGCGGAGAAUGCCGCGAUGGUGCCGCGUGGCGCUGUGCUUGCUGUGGCAAGGCAAUGUCCAUCCUCCCGCGGAUCGCUCCCUCCUCUUUUGAGGCGCCUCAAAAAUGUCCCUCCAUCUGCGGAUCGCUCCCUCCUAUGCCCACUCCCCUCUCCAUCACGAGGCAGCAUGGUGCUGGGAGUGGUGGGUGGCAAGCGGCAUAGUCGCCCCUGCCCUGCUAAGUUCUCAUCACGCGUGAAUCCCUCUUUCACCACCACCUACCCACCCCCCUUCUUCUCCUCCCAGGUGCUGGGAGUGGUGGCGAGCAGCAGCAUAUUCGCCACGCCAGGCGUCCAUGGUGCUGGGAGUGGUGGUGGGCAGCGGCAUAUUCGCCACGCCAGGCGUCCGCCAUACUGCCACCUACUGCUCGUAGUUGACUCGAGAGGCGCGCCCAUCUCCGCGCUCAUCGUGUGGCUCUGCGCUGGCAUCGUCGCCUACUCGUGUUGCGAGGUGUACGCUGAGCUGGGCAGCUCCAUACCGCACGCGGGUGGCGACGGCGAGUACAUCCAGCUGGCGUUCGGAGACCUCCUCUCGUUUGUCUUCAUGUGGAUGUUCUUCUUUGUCUCUACUGGCGGCGGCAUCGCCAUCCUUAUAGUCACAUUCGCCCGAUACACCAUCGCUCUGCUCCCAGGCAUGCAGGGCGCCAGUGAGGAGCAGAUGGAGAUGGGCGUGAGAAUCAUCGGCUGCUCCUUCACGCUCCUUCUCACUGCCAUCAACUGUGCUGGCGUCAAAGCAGGAGCGUUGGUGCAAAAUAUACUCACAGUCACCAAGGCACUCCUAAUAGCAGCGGUUGUAGCCUGCGCGCCCAUCUUCAUCUCCCUCCACGGCACAUCUGUAGCCGUUACGAACUUCUCCCAGCCGCUCCCACCUCUCUCCGGCUACAACUGGAGCCGGGCCGGGGCCGGCCUAGUGGCCGCUGUCUGGGCCUUUGACGGCUGGAACUGCCUGGGCUAUCUAUCAGAGGAGCUCAAGAACCCAAAGAAGGACCUCCCACGCUCUCUAUCCAUAGGCAUGCUCACUGCUGUCGGCAUCUGUCUAGCAGUCAACUCCGCCUACUUCUGCAUUCUCCCCCUGGCAGCCGUGGGCAAGUCAGAAGUGGUGGCAGUAGAAGCAGUGGAGGCGGUGUUCGGUCCUCACUCUGGCCGCUUCAUUGCCUUUCUUGUGGCUCUCAACGUGCUCGGUGCAGCCAACGCGACUCUGCUGUGCCACGCACGCUUCUUUUACGCCAAGGCAAGGGACGGUCAACUGUUCUCGUUCCUCAGUGCGGUCACCACUGGAGGAGCUCCCUAUGCUUCUCUCCUUGCCACUGGCGGAUGGAUUGCCGUUGUUGUCUUUGUGGCUGCAAACCAUCUUGAGAAGCUGAUCGACUAUUUCGGCAUCGCUGCGUGGAUGUUCUACGGUCUCGUGGGCGCAUCACUCAUCAAGCUGCGCUGGGACCUUCCUGACCUGCCCCGCCCCUACAAGGCCAGCCUCUACCCGCUUCCGGGCGUCAUUGUGGUCGUUGUAUCCACGUACCUUGUCAUCUCAUCUCUCGUCACGCAGCUCGUCCCGUCGCUGCUCUCGCUCGCCUUUGUUUUCACAGCACUGCCCGUUUACUUCGCCAUUCACUGCAUGAAAUCUGCGCCUUGCUGUGCGAAUUCGUGCGCCAAAACUCCCACAACGAUUAACAUAGUACCUGAGAGUGAUGUCAGGAGACCUCUGUUAUCUUAA